AUGGCAGGCUUCGAUCCGGACGUCGUGGGUGUAUACGUUGGCCAAUCUCAAACCUCACUUUGGGGGCAGCAACAAGACCAUGAUGGCAAUACCGAUGGCUUGCGAAACAAGAGUCCGCAUUACAACAUUGCUCGGUGCACCUCCAAAAACUGCCGCUACGCCGUGCCGAUUAUCUUAUUCGAUCGCACCCAGACUCUUGACUCGAUCUGGAUGCCGUUGGUGUUUGCGUCGGCCAUCAUCGCCCUUUAUCUUCUACCUCAAUCACAUGUCUACUGGCCUCAGGGUGUCGGAAAUAUCGGCUGCGGGAAGCGUAAGGGAUGA